UAACGAGUCUUCUCCACCACAACUCUUGUCUCUCUCUCUUUGCUUCAAGGUUUCAUGGAAACUACUGGUUAUGUUCUUCCGCCGUCCUCAUGGCAACGCUCACUCUCUCGCAUUUUCUACCUCACUGUCUCCGACGGAAUCAUCUCCCCGCCGAUCACCGGAGGAACCGAUGCAGAUGCUGUUUGUAUUCCACAACGAAUGAAUCUUCCACAGCGGUUGUGUGGUUCAAGCAAGACCUUCGUGUUGAUGAUCACCCUGGUCUCCUCGCCGCGUCCAAGCACAGAGCCGUCAUACCUCUCUACGUCCUCGACCGUCGCAUUCUCUCGCGAUACACAACGGAGACUCUAGAGCUAGCUAUCAUAGCAUUGGAAGAGUUAAGAAGCUCCUUAAAGAAGCAAGGCUCAGAUCUUAUGCUCAGGUACGGGAAUGCAGAGAAUGUCAUUGGAGAUCUUGUCAAAGAGGUCCGAGCUCCCUUUGUCUUUGUGGAAGAAGAGGUGGAACACCAUCUGUGUGAGGUUGUGGAGGCUGUUAAGAAGAAAAUGGAUGGGGUUUCGUUUCCUGGAGAAUCACCGAGGGUUGUUGUGUGGAGGACUCCUUUUUAUGAGACUCAAAAAUUGUCGGAUCUGCCACACUCUUGGGAAGAGUUUAAGAAACUAAAUCUGCCUGUCACUUUGCCAGUUCCUGCAGGAAGACUGUCAUCUCAAGAAAAUGAACUGCAGUGGGGUUCUGUGCCAACACUAGAUGACCUGAAGGACUAUAUGAAGGAAAGCUUAUGCGAGAAAGAAAGGAGCUGGAGGGAGAUGGCACAUGCAUCCGCGGAAAGAAUACUAAUGGAAAGGAACUUGGAGCCAAAUGUUGAUGGAAGUCUAGGGAAGAAGGUGCACAACUCUGCUUUUAUAACGAGAAGUAGAGAUACUGUUGGAGGUGGAACCGAGGCUGUGCUGAAUGCACUAGCAGGAUACUUGAGGUACUUGGAGGGUACAAGUCGAGAUGACUGGCAAGAGGUUCAUGCAAGGCUACGUCAUGCCGAGACUAGGCCGGGAGCUUCAUUUUUCAAACUUUUUGGACCUGCGCUCUGUCUUGGUAUUGUAUCAAGAAGAAGGGUUCACUAUGAAGCAAUAGAGUACGAGAAAGAAAGAAACGCUGGAUUUAUUUCUCCAUUUGGAUACUCAGCUUCUACAGUGACUGCCGCAACCGAUGCUGUGUGCUCUAUGGAGUGGUAUUCACUUAUAUCUCUAAAUGAAGAGAUGAUUGAUGAUAAAAGACGUUCUGUAAGGAUUUGGAGAUGGAAGGGCUAUCUCAUUCAGUACACAGUGGCUGGCAAUGAAGGCCCUGCCGUUCUCCUUGUGCAUGGAUUUGGUGCUUUUCUGGAGCAUUACCGUGACAAUGUGGACAGCAUAGUAAACAGCAGAAACCGAGUAUGGACCAUCACAGUCUUGGGUUUUGGAAAAUCAGAGAAGCCGAACAUCGUUUACACCGAGCUUUUAUGGUCUGAAAUGCUGCGGGAUUUUAUGAUUGAAGUGGUUGGUGAACCAGCACAUUGCGUAGGAAACUCAAUCGGUGGUUAUUUCGUUUCGUUAAUGGCUUUUCUUUGGCCGGACUUGGUAAAGUCCGUUGUCCUUGUUAACAGUGCUGGCAAUGUGAUACCUGGAUACUCUCAUCUCCCAAUCUCUAGGGAAAGGCGAGUUCCAUUUGGUGCACAGCUUGGUGCUAGACUUCUUAUCCUGUUCCUACGAUUCAAUGUCAAAAAGCUAUUAAAGGAUUGCUAUCCAGUUAAACCUGAGAGAGCUGAUGAGUUUUUAAUCACUGAAAUGCUAAGAGCAUCCCAAGAUCCAGGUGUGGUUAUGGUCCUGGAAAGUAUAUUCGGCUUUGAUCUUUCACGUCCUUUGAAUUAUCUCCUCAAAGGGUUUGAGGAAAAAACUCUAGUAAUACAGGGAAUGAAAGAUCCCAUAUCGGAUCCGCGGAAGAAAGUGGCCUUACUGAAGGAGUUCUGUCCAGGAAUGGUGAUUAAAAAAGUCAAUGCAGGUCACUGUCCCCACGAUGAGAUCCCAGAGGAGGUGAACCAUGUUAUCUGCGUAUGGAUAGCCAAGGUCGAUAAUAAUGAACAACAAGCACUCAAAGCCUCAUCCCAGCAGAUUUACUACCACAAUAAUAAUAAACAAAACUAAAGGAUAUUUUGGUCACCCGAAGAAAGCAAUGUCUUUAUGGUACCAAUCUUUAGAAAGAAAACUGUUUCGUCGAUGUGAUUAACUUAAUUUUGUCUAUGUGCUCAAUGCUCUUUUUGAUAUCGUAUGCCAAGUGCGGCGACAUUGUUAUUGGAAUGAAUGUUUUUGACAUGA